AUGGAAACUGCUAAUACCGACUUAAUUGUUUCUCCGCUAUUUGAUGUGAAGCAGACCACUUACGGUGGUAGAGCCUGCUUUGCACGCGAAGACAGUAAGGAAGGAACGAAUAUUCUCUCUGUCAACCGCUGUCUGAGUUCAUCUAUUUCACAUGAAUUUCGAAAAGAAGUAUGUCAUAAUUGUCUUAAAUACAAUAAUGGUAAGAUCAUGAAAGUCAAGCUAGAUAGGAAUCAGUUAGUAGACGAUUUACUACCAGAUGGUAAGAAGGAACAAGUAUCAAGGCCGAAAACAUUCAAUGGCGCAGGUCUUUGGUUCUGUUGCGAUUCCUGCAGAGAUGAAUAUAUCUCACAGGAUAAUAUCAUCGAGCUCAUAGAGACAUUCGAAACGCUUUUAGCUCAUUUUCAAUCUCAAGCAAAACGAAGGAAUACGGCAUCGCGUAUUGAGGAGGAACAUAAGUUAAACGAAACGUUCAUGUCACCAAAAAUUAUCGGAUCUAAUUGGAGUAUGAUAGAAAAGGAUUGGAUACCGAGAAUUGACCAACUAAAAGCAUCUAAAAAAGCACGCAUGCUUCCACUUAUUUAUGAGGAAGAAUAUCAGUGCUGUAGAUUUGUCGCACAGACUUUAUUCAAUUUAAAAUACACUGAUCCAAACUCAGUACUAAUGAAAACAUUUGAAGCCUUGCAAUCGAACGAGCAGAGCAGAAUUCAUAAAUUUCCUAUCCUAUUAGAUUCACAAACAAAGGUCUUUCAGACAUUGUAUGUCCUGCUACCUUUUUCAUUGAAGCCUUUAUUGACGAUCAGCUUAUUCAGACAUAUUUUGGGAUCCGAAUACGGAAACGCGUUUGGCAUAUGGCAGGAUGGAGAAUCAAACGAUAGUAGAGAGUACCUUGGAUUUUGGAUUGUUCCUCAGGCCUCAUACUUUAAUCAUUCGUGCUCGCCUAAUGUGGAUAAAAAAAGAAUAGGAAAUAAGCUCACCUUUACCCUAAAUAGUAACGUAGUUGCUGGCCAACAGCUCUGCAUCGAUUAUUCUGGGAUUCUCUCUCUUGAUGUUCAUAAACGCCAGGAAAUAUUGUCCGAAAACUGGUUCUUUCAAUGUGGCUGUGAAAAAUGUCAAUUAGAGCUGCAGACGAUCCAUUAA